AGCAUGACGCCUUUCUUUGUGAUGUCUCUCCUCUUUGGGCUGACUUUCAGCCAAACAGCAUCACUUUGUGCUCCUUCUGAGUAUAUAAUCCACGUGGAGAAAAGAGAAUGUGCCUACUGCCUGGCCAUCAACACCACCAUCUGCGCUGGAUUCUGCAUGACUCGGGACAGCAAUGGCAAGAAGCUACUACUCAAAAGUGCUCUGUCCCAGAAUGUGUGCACAUACAAAGAGAUGUUGUAUCAAACAGCACUGAUUCCAGGCUGUCCUCAUCACACCAUCCCUUAUUAUUCCUACCCUGUGGCUGUGAGCUGCAAGUGUGGCAAAUGUAACACUGAUUAUAGUGACUGUGUUCACGAGAAGGUUAGGACAAACUACUGCACAAAACCACAGAAGCUCUGUAACAUGUAAGCUUCCAACCGUGGUCAAAAUGUACGUCUGCUCGCACCUAAGCA